AUGCGUUACGGUAAGGCUCUCUGCGACCGGGCUCGCGACGUUCUUCGCCACCGGAUCCGCCCCCGCGACGAGGUCGUCGCCGUGCGGCAGCACCUCGCCAGGGAGCUGGCCCGGAGCCUGGGGGCGGAGCAGCUCCGGAGCCCGCUGUCGCUCGUCGACCCGGACGCCGCCGUCGCCCCGUCCGCCGCGCUGCCGGGCGUCUACCGAGAGUACACCGAGGCGGCGAGGAGGAACCUCGAGAUCCGGGCCGAGUUCGCGGCGCUCCGGGGCGAGCACGACGCGAGCAUCGCGUCGCUUCCCGCGCCGCCCGGGCCGGACGACGCCGACGCGCGGCUCCUCGCGCUGCAGCUCGAGGUCGGCGCGCUGGAGCAGGAGCGCGAGAGGCUCGAGGUGGUCGACAGGUACCUGGGGGAGCUGGACCGGCUGCCCGCGGCCGCGCCCGACUUCCUGGACCCGGACGUCAUGUUCGCCGGCUGCGCGCCGCUGCCGGAGCUGCCCAAGGACGUCGUCGCCGGCUUCGCCGAGGACCGCGACGCGCCGGACCGCGAGGUCCGGGAGCUCCUGUCGCGCCUCCAGAAGGCCGUCCUGCGCAACAAGCUACUCGCGCAGCGCGAGAAGCAGAACUUCGAGAAGCUGAAGGCCCAGAGCCCGCUCGACCCCAGCAGCCUCCCCCCGGCGGCCCAGCUGCACGCGCUCAACGCCGUCAAGGACAGCCUGAUCGGCUGGAUCGAGACCAUGUUGGCCCAGGCCGGCGGCGACGAGGACGACGCGCCGGGCGCCGGGUCCCCCACCAAGCUGCCGGCGCCGAAGGAGAAGGAAGAUUUAGACCGAGAAGCGCGCGCGGCCGAGAUCCAGCAGGAGUACGCGCACCACGUCGACCUCCGCAAGGAAAUUUUCGCCCUGGUGGCGCAGCUGAAGCAGCUCAAAGCCGCCGAGCCACCCCCGAAGCCGGAGCCAGUGCUUCGUGGGGGCCCCGUGCCCAGCAGCCACAAGGACGCCGAGGCCUACCUGCUGACGCCGUACCUCGAGAAGCUGCAGGCGAUCUCGCGCGAGCAGAAGGGCCUCAUCCAGGAGAAGUCCUACAUCAACUCGUUGCUGGCGAGGCAGCAGCACGAGUUCAACCAGAUGAUCGACCACCUGGCGGAGGAGAGCCACCUACUACAGACAUACCCGACCAGGAAGAACCCCGCCUCCUCCCACCCCGACGACGCCGAGGGCAGCGGCCGCAGCAAGCUGCAACCGAGCUUCGGCGAGGCCACGAAGGGGGCGGGCGCGGCGGGCGCGACCUCGAUCCGGAAGUCUAACACGACGCGGCAGAUCGAGCCGUGGAUCGCGGCGGCGAACUCGGCGCAGAUCGCGACGCUCGAGGCGGUGUUCGAGAAGGUGGAGGAGGGGCAGGCGGCGGUGGAGGACGCGAUGCAGGCGCUGGACGAGGUGCGGCGGCUGCUCAACGUCGACGGCGGCGACGGCGGCGGGGAGCAGGACGAAGGGCGCGAGGGCGAAGCCGGCGCGGCCGCCCCGGCCGAGCGCGACAUCUGGCUCGCGGACGAGGACGGCGGGCCCGCGGCCGGCCGCGAGCGGAGCACCCGCCGCAGCAAGAAGGGCAAGGCCCGCGGCCAGCCCGGCGAGAGCAUCUACGCCCAGUUGGACGGCAACCUCGGCCUCAUCAACGAGUAG